GUUUAGAAAACAUUGCCCGAGGGGGAGCGUUUUGAUAGAGGCUCACAGUUUUGAAAGCACGCUAUCUGGUUCACCUUUCUUUUUACGGUCUCUUCGUAAUCGAUUGUAACGUUUAUAUAACAUUUGUGUAAUCUAUGGCUGAUAUAAAAGACGAAGAAUUUAAUCUCGCCUUUUUGGACGAAGAUGAUAUCGAUGAAGAUGUACCUGACGCCGCUUCAACGCGACUUAUCCACCUCGACAAAGAUACGGAAAUCCCGAAACGAUAUUUGAUUCGCAAGAUUUUUUCACCGCAUUUGGAGCCGCCAGCUCAUUACCACCCUGCUGCAGAAGAAUCCCAAAGAAGGAAAAAGGUUCACAGCAAGUGGGGCUCUGAAGUAAUCAAAGGUCGGCAUAGUUUUUCUAGUCAAGAUGACCUUGUAGCCUUAUUAAGCUUUGAAAGUACACCUAGUUCUCGCAAUUCCAGCCUUGAUGAAGCAAUCAUCAGGAAAGUAAGACAAGUUUUAUCACAGAAGAGUGGAGAUGACCAUCUAGAACCUCUACGCCAUAGUGCUCUUCAGCUGUUAAUGAAGUUUUCCAGUACUGCCACUUAUGACAAAUUGGGGCAAUGUUUUUUAGAGGGAAAAAUUGAGGAAAUAUCUCAUUUAAAGCUCACUGAGAUUCAAGCUGUGUCACUAAUAACACCCCCACCAUGCUUCAUAGAGAUAGCCACACCUACUGAUGAAGGCUCAAAUCUCAAGGAAACCCUUUCCUCGCUGUUGGUGUCACAUCAAUCUACUUUCCCAUUCUUAAGUGUCAGAGAACCCGAACACAAAUUUAACAAUGGAUCCAGCCCCUCAAAUUCUCCAGCAUCUAAGACCAGACGGGUGGAUAAUGGUGGUUUAACAAAACCGGCUGUAGGUAUGAUGCUAAUGUUUACGCAGAGAGCAGAAAAAAAUUCUGAAAGCUGUUUGAGUGUAGUAAGAGGCAACUCUAAAGAGUGGGAGCAAGUCAGUGUGCCACAAGGAAUCACAGAAGGACCUGGUGAUGAGAUUUAUUUCAAAGCUGCAAAUAGGGAAGGACCUGUGUUUGCAGUCAAGAAACUAUCACCUGGUUCUGGAGUUCGCAUUAUUCUUUUUGUGAACACGGACAUGGAUGAAGUAGAGCACUUUUACCACCUGAUCACUGGUAAGAAACCACUACACCUGAACAAGAUUGAAGAGGGCCUUAGUACCCGCACGUUCCCUCUAUCACCCAAACUGGAACUGCAACUUGUUUGUCAUCCAGCCCUAAAAUCACAUCCAGUGAAAAACACUGCUCUUUGCUUCAUGUUGAAAGGGAAUGAUGUGAACAAAAUGUGUUCAGAAAUUCCUGGUGGACUUCGGAACAUUGGUGAGGGACAUUGGCAAGGAAAAGAUCCUGAGGGAAAUGCUGUUAUACUUUAUAGUUUGCUAAAAUAGACUGCUACUGUUGUUUCCAGCUUUGCUUGCUAGGUGUAUAUCUUGUGACAUCUUUUUCUCUAGGUAGCAGUUGUCAACUUGUAAAUAUCUUUUGUGCCCUAUAUUUUUACUUUUUCCAAGGUGUGGCUCAAUCAGUUUUCUAUAGAUAGAGACAAACCUGAUUGGCCCACGAAUUUUGGUGUCAUCUCAUUUUUGAAAAAGAUCAAAAUUGAUCAGCAAUGUUACUUCAUUUGCAUAUUAAAUAUCCUUACAUACAGCUUUCAGAAAGCAGCCAGGUGUUCUUUCACUAGUCAAAGAAUCUGCUUUUAUUUAAUUUAAGUGCUACUUUUAAUAAGUUUUAUUUAGUUAGUUUAGUGACUUGAUCAAGUCCUUGUGUUGAAUUAAAAUCCAAAAACUGAGAAACAGAUAAAUACAGCUGACACCAAUGGAAAGUGAUAACUGCAACACCAUGGCAUGAAAAUAGUUGGAUGAAUAACAGAGUUUGUCCAGACAUUCAGUGGACUGUAUCCACAUCUUGUAAACUUAUAGUAGGAUAAGGAUGUGAAGAAAUUUUUCUCUAAAUUAAACGGAAAAUAUUCUAAUUUUCCUAUAAGUAUCCAUUAAAAAUCUGCUCCAGAGUAUGAACUCCACUACGCUUUAAUCUGUCUUUUUUCUAUUGCUUAAGACAGAUAGCAAUAGAUAGAGGAAACUACAAAUUUGCUUUCCCUGGCAGUCACUUGUGUUGAUAUUACAUAUGGAUUAAUUUAGUUUUCACUAAGCAUUUAAUAUUACUCUACACGAUAUGUUAGUUUGUAGGUAGGUUUUCAUGGUAGAUUAUUAAAGGCACAGGUGUUGAGACACAAUCGAACAUGAAGCAGCAACGAUAAAAGAC